AUGUCUUAUGCUAUGGUCUGGCUGAAUGGGCAUCUCGUCGGUGGAUGGCCGUAUGGGUACAACUCUUUCCGUCUUGACCUUACGCCCUUCAUGGAAUACGGUGAGAACCAACUGGCUAUUCGGCUUGACAACGCCCCAGAUUCGUCCAGAUGGUAUCCUGGUGCUGGCCUUUACAGAAGCGUUUGGCUUACUGUUGGCGAUCCGACGCAGAUAUCUCAGUGGGGGACAUACAUCACUGCUCGGGAUGUCUCCAAAAAGUCCGCAAUACUUGAUCUUUCCGUUCAGGUUCAGAACAAGGCGGGAAAGAGGAGAGCAAUCAGAGUAGAGACGGAUAUUUUCACAUUCGAUCCGGAAACUGGAAACCCUGGGAAAAAAGUUGGAACAUUCCCAUCCAAGACGAUUCACCUAUCUCCGUCGGAUACCACUCGCCUCAACAGUUCCACAACCAUCACCAACCCUCGUCUUUGGGGUCCGCCGCCAUCUCAGCAGCCCAAUCUCUACGUUGCAGUUACCAAGCUCAAGGUCAAUGAUCGGGUCAUCGACGAGUACGAAACUCAAUUCGGGAUUUGA